AGCUAGAAAAGUGAAAGUAGGAAGUUCCUCCAUUCCAAUUUUGGAUUGGGAGUCCCAGGUUUCUGUUUGUAUCUUGGCAUUUUGAAAAUAUUGACAGCCGUGUAUAUUCUUUACAGUUUAAAUAUCCGAUAAGAGUUGCUUUGAAAAAGUGGGGCACUCUCGAAAGAAAAGGCCAACAAAGAAUAUUUAUGACGUAAUAUUGAAUGCUUCCUUGAAGUCAUAUUAGUCAACUACACUCGAGACAUGAAAAAAUAAGAGUAGGAUGCAUCAGGAGACUAAAUCAGCUGUCAGUGGAGUCCCCCCAAAGUCAGAUCUAGAUGUGGAUGGUGACAUUGUAACAAAACAGCCAGCAGUACAGAAUCUGAUACCAAACCAUAAAGGACAUAUUGUCCUGUCACUUUUCCCUGACUUUCAUAUUGGGAACAAUUCGAUGGAUCCUCGGAGUUAUCUGACCCCAUCACAGGGUUCUCUGUCAAUGGAGACGAAGCGGCGAGAACAGAUGAUGGCAGAUCUUUGGUCACACAGUCAUGGCGUGUCACAAAACCAGUUCCUGUCUGUGGUUAGAGAGUUAAAGAAAACCAAAACAGCUAUGAAAGAAUUGCAACAGAAACUGGCAGAUUACAAAAAUACUAGUUUUGGUGACAAGCAAUCAGAAGCCACUAGUUUUCUGGAAGAAAAAGUGAAGGCACAACAGAGUGAAAUACGUGAUCUGAAACAGAGAAUUGAGAAUCUCCAGGUUCACAAGAAGCAUAUGAAAAAUGACAUAGAAGGAAUCUCUGUGGCUCCGGCCUCAAACUCCCUGGAAAUCUCCAGAAAUAGCAGGGAAAAUAGCUUCUCAAAGGAGGACAGUGAAGUCAGUCGAAGGGAAAAACAACUUCAAGAUGAAAUCCAUAACUGGAAACAGAAAGUAGAGCACAUGAAGCGGGAAAAUGCCGAGAUGAAAGAAAAUUAUGCAAGGUUAGAGAAAAGAUUGGAAAAUGAGAAGUUUUCCUCCAUGCAGAAAUGGUCAGAACUUUCAACAGAGAAUGCAAAGUUUAGAAAAGAACUUAAUUUAGCAGAGGAAGACAGGAAAGUUUUCCUGGAACAGGUGGACCGAUUGUUAAAUCAGGAUAAAGAGAAAGAUAGGAGGCUGCAGAGAUUGCAAGAAAGUUAUGAACAAGUAAUACAAGACAGAAAUGUGUGUGAGCAAAGAAUAGCAGAAUUAAAAGCUCGUCAAUUAGAGGAGACCAACCCGUUUUAUCAUAGGGCUCGGCAGGGCGCACAUAGUAAUUACCAUGAGGAAGGGUCUAGAACUCACAGUACGGUGCAGGACUUACAAGAGGCACUCAAUAAAGUGAAGCGACAACCGAGCCAUAGCCCCCGAACUUACCGGUGUGAUAGGUGUUACGAGGAAUUCAUUGUGGAACAAGACUAUCUGGAACAUAUUCAAAAAUGUUAUGAUUAAAGCUCAUGUGUUGUAGUGAUGAAAAAAUCUAAGUUUAACAAUUCUUUUCUUGUGUCCUGAAUAAUUGUUACAAGGAUUUUUUUUUCUUUAUGAAUGUAUGUUUUUUUAAGUCACAUUUGCUUUGUUAAGAUUUCACAUUCAAAAAAGUUCAUUUCAUCUAAUGUUGGAGAUGUCAAAAAUAUAUGUGUAUUCUUGAUAAAUUUAACAUAUAUAAAAAAAUUCAUUUCAUUCUCAAUGUUCAUAUAUGAACAAUUAUAAAACAAAGAAUGUCGAUGGCUGAAAAUGAAUAUUUUUUUUUAUUUGAAUUACCACAUCUAUGUUGGAUUUCAAAACUUCAGGAAAAUCCUUAAAAACAAUGAUACAUAGCAGGUUCCAGUAAAUGUUCUACCAAGCCUCUUUCAUUACUCCUCACAAAUAUAUUAACAGUAGUGAAGGAAAACGUCAGUAGAAAUGGGAUACACGUGCUACAAUAGAUUUGAGAAGUGAUGUAAAUCAGAUAUGGAUAUUUAAAAUUUCCAAUGGAACAUUUUGAAAAUUUUAAAUCACAAUUUUUUAAAAACUCAA